AUGCAGAUCGAGUUGCAGGGUGGCUGCGAGCGAGUCGCCCUCAGCCUACCCAUCAGCUACCCUUCCGGCACCGAAACGUUCGGCGGCUUCGGGAACGGCGUCCGCAAAAUUCUUCGGCAGGCGGCGGACCAGCUGAGUAACAAACUUUCGCACGCUCAGCACCUCGAUGAGACGGUGAACGAGCUAGCGUGCGGGGACAGCGGCAAAUUGUGCACGGUGCUAAGUGCAUUGCCGUUCUUAACGGAGUCGCUUAGGCGGCUCCGCUUGCUGCCCGCCCGAGACCUGGUGGUGAUGGGGUGCGGUAACUCCAAGGGGUACGAGAUUGACCUCGACCCGCCAAUCGCAACCAAGCCGCACGCCGCGACCGCAGAGGUCGCUGACCACGCGGGCGUGCUCGCCUCCGCCGAGGUCGAGCUGCUCGUGUCCGGCAUCCGCUGGAGCGAGGGCCCAGUGUGGGAGGCCAGCGAGAAGGCGCUCUACUUCGUCGACACGGUGGACGCACGGAUCUACCGCUGGACCGAGGCGGAGGGCACCACCAUCGUGGCGACCGAGGCCGGCGGCUACGACGGGAGCAACGUGCCCGACUUUGAGCAGCUCUUCGAGCCCGGUGCCAACGGCAUGGCGCUCGUGGGCGACGAGCUGACCAUCUGCCAGCACCCGACGCGCCGUGUCAUCCGCAUGAAGCUCGCCGAGCUCAAGAAGCUCAACGGUGGGAAGAUCUGCGAGGCGGCCUUCGAGGUGCUGGCACACACGGCGCCCAACGGCAAGCCGUUCAACGCGCCCAACGACGUGGUGGUUGCGCCGAGCGGCGAUGUCUACUUCACGGACUCAGUGUACGGCUUCCUGCUCAAGCAGUUCAUGCACCUCGGGCACCCCGACCAGCCGUACCUGGACCAGGCUGUGCAGGAGCGCGGCGCCGGCUGCACCGGCGUCUACCGCUGCCGAGCCGGCGGCGCGGUCGAGCUCGUGACGAGCCUGCUCGAGCGCCCCAACGGCCUUGCGUUCUCGGCCGACGGGGGCGCGCUGUGGGUGGCCAACUCGGUCAAGGACACGCCGUCGUGGCACGCCUUCCCGCUGCGCGAGGCGCUGCCGCUCGAGCGCAGCGCGGUGCUGGGCGAGAAGGAGCUCGGCGCCGGCGUGCAGCUCGGGCCGGGGCUGUCCGACGGCUUCAAGGUGGACGAGCUCGGCCGGAUCUGGAGCUCGGUGCCGGGCGGCAUCGCCGUCAUCGACCCCGUUGCGCCCAAGGUGCUCGCCUCGGUCAAGCUGGGCACCAACAUCUCCAACGUCAGGUUCGGCGACGGCGGCGACGUCUUCGUCACCGGAAAGGGACAUGUGUGGCGGCUCAAGCGCAAGGUCUGA